GUCUCCGCUUCCCUGCGCGGAGCGCGCGUUCCCCGCCUGGCCGGGGACCCCCGCGCAGCCCCGAGACGGCGCGCGCCCAGAGCGCAGGAGCCCGGAGUGCCGGGCGCCUGGGACCCCGCGGAGCCGCUGCCCAGCCCGCGGGGCUCGGCAGGGAUGCAGGCUGCGCUGUGAGCCCGGGCGCCAAGGCCAUGUCCGGCGUCCGCUGCCGGACCCUUUACCCCUUCUCCGGGGAGCGGCACGGCCAGGGGCUGCGCUUCGCCGCGGGUGAGCUGAUCACACUGCUGCAGGUCCCGGACGGCGGCUGGUGGGAGGGCGAGAAGGAGGACGGGCUCCGCGGCUGGUUCCCGGCGAGCUACGUGCAGUUGCUGGAGAAGCCUGGAAUGGUACCACCUCCGCCAGGAGAGGAAGGCCAGACUGUCAUCCUCCCACCUGGCUGGCAAAGCUACUUGUCUCCACAGGGCCGGCGUUACUAUGUCAACACGACCACCAAUGAGACCACCUGGGAGCGCCCCAGCAGUUCUCCUGGGAUACCAGCCAGCCCCCACCCUCACAGGAGCUCUCUGCCUCCAACAGUGAAUGGAUACCACACGUCAGGGACCCCGGCACACCCUCCCGAGACAGCCCACAUGAGUGUCCGAAAAUCCACUGGCGAUUCCCAGAACCUGGGAUCCUCGUCACCAGGCAAAAAGCAGAGCAAGGAAAAUACCAUAACGAUAAACUGCGUGACGUUCCCUCACCCAGACACGAUGCCGGAACAGCAGCUGCUGAAACCUACCGAGUGGAGCUAUUGUGACUAUUUUUGGGCUGAUAAGAAAGACCCCCAAGGCAAUGGGACCGUAGCUGGGUUUGAACUGCUCCUUCAGAAGCAACUUAAAGGCAAACAAAUGCAGAAGGAAAUGUCAGAAUUCAUCCGGGAAAGGAUAAAGAUUGAAGAAGAAUAUGCGAAGAACUUAGCUAAGCUCUCUCAGAACUCAUUGGCUGCCCAGGAGGAGGGCUCCCUCGGAGAAGCAUGGGCCCAGGUGAAGAAGAGCCUUGCAGAUGAGUCAGAAGUCCACCUCAAGUUCUCUGCCAAGCUUCACAGUGAGGUGGAGAAGCCCCUGAUGAACUUCCGUGAGAAUUUCAAGAAAGACAUGAAAAAGUGUGACCACCACAUCGCUGACCUCCGCAAGCAGCUGGCCAGCCGCUAUGCUGCAGUGGAGAAGGCCCGGAAAGCCCUCACGGAGCGGCAGAGAGACCUGGAGAUGAAGACCCAGCAGUUGGAGAUCAAGCUGAGCAACAAGACGGAGGAGGACAUCAAGAAGGCCCGGAGGAAGUCCACGCAGGCUGGAGAUGAUCUCAUGCGCUGUGUGGACCUCUACAACCAGGCCCAGUCCAAGUGGUUUGAAGAGAUGGUGACCACGACAUUGGAGCUGGAGCGGCUAGAGGUGGAGAGGGUGGAGAUGAUCCGGCAACAUCUGUGCCAGUACACACAGCUGCGGCACGAGACAGACAUGUUCAACCAAAGUACAGUCGAACCUGUGGACCAACUGCUUCGGAAAGUGGACCCAGCCAAAGACAGGGAGCUGUGGGUCAGAGAGCACAAGACAGGCAACAUCCGCCCUGUGGACAUGGAGAUCUAGCUGGGCACAUGUGCCCGGGGGUCCUGCCGAGGACGGGCUGGGGGUCCCAGAGAGAGGAAGGGGCGGCUCCCGCUGUGAUGCCGAGUGGAGCUGUCCUCACACCCAUUCUCCUGGUCCACUGAGCUGGUGAUUCCAGAAGGGCGGCCUGCACGGCCCUCUGGGAGCUCCCCAGUGUUCCCGACUAGGAAGACAGGUCCACAGCCCUGCCCAUGUCUCUGAGGCUGAGGCCCCCAACUCCUGCGCUGUACUUGCCAUAAUGAGAACAGACUGACGCUCGAACUUUGUGGUCCCUGCCGAGCACCACAGGGGUCAUCUGCCCCCUGGAGCCAGCCGUGUCACACUUGUGCCCCUGGAAGCCCAUAGCCCUUCCUUCAGCUGCCCCCUUGUCUCCAGGGCUUCAAGGGUCAGGGGAAGGAGGUUUCUGUCUGCCAGCCAAUGUCAGGAUGAGAGUCGUGGAGAAAAGGCAGCCUUCUGUUCAACAGCCUGCACCCAGAAUCCUUUGCAGCCCUCCCUCUUUCUUCUUCCCAUUGCAUUCUGGGCUCCUGCGUCCUGGCCCUUCUCUGCUACUUUGCAUCAUCGGGUAUCUUGGGAGGAAGGCCUGUCUUCCCAGACUGACCCUGCCUGGGGAGGUCAGGAUGGAACUACCUCAUUCAGCAAAUUAGCCCCAAGUUGGAGCAUUGAAUUGUGUUACCUAUUCGACCAGGCAUCCUCUGUAACAUCUCCUCUCUGGAAACCCCCGGUCUACCCAACUCUCUGCUGCUUCCUCCCACCUCUGCCCCCUACCAGGCUCUUAGUGGGGCUAGGGGCUGCGUCAGUCCCUUGUGGGAGACAGGUUGGGGCAAGUCUUUGUCAUUCCCCUAAAUGGCUCCACCUGCUGUUGUGUGCGUGGGGUGGAGGGCGGUUGAGACCGCUCUGUAUGGCGCUGUCUCACCGGCAGGCACUGUACAGGCAGUGUCACACUGCCUUGGCAACUCCGGCACGUUCCAGAGUCCUGCAUGGAGCCUGCUUGGUGCUGAUGCCACCUUCCCCUUUGCCCUCCUCGCCGUUCCUGGGAAGGCCUGGCCUGAGUGUGACUUGGGAAGCAUUUAGCCCUACCCCUGGGUCCUCACUCAUCACUUUGUCCUUUUAUACAACCAGAGCAGACACAUUCUCCACCGUUGUUAAAUCUUGAGAAUCAGCUUAAGGGGACUGAAGAAGAAAAAGGCCCUGAAGGAGUUCAUACAGCUCGUAAGGGGCAGAUUCUAGCUGGAACCCACACCCCGAGAACCCAUUUUCUUAGUUAAUCUUUCCCAUUGAUUACUUUGGGUUUAUGGGACCUACACAUCUCCCACAAGGUCAUAAUUCUAAGAGCGCAGCCACUGGUCUUUCUCUCACUCUGGGAACUGAUUAUUCAUCUUGAAUCUCUUGACCUUUCACUGAGUCAGAAUGGCUGUCAUAGUUUAUAGUAGAAAAAUACUGAAUAUUCUAAAGCAAACUGAACAUUGUCACUUUUCUUACUGAAACACCCACCCAAAAAGGUCAGCGUGAAGGCUGUUGGGAUGGAUCUGUUCCUGGCCUGGAGAACCAAUCCUUCUGGAACUAGGGUUAGGCCGUGACACCAGCUACUGAUUUUAGGGUAUUACUUCUUGGCUUUGUGGUAAAACUGGGCACUAGUAGUAGUUGCUUUGGGGCUUUAGUAAACUAACUUGUGGAUGAUUUUCAGACAUUGAGAGCCAACAGCCUUGUUACCAACACAGAUACUCUGAGUGUGGUGUGGCUCAUGGAGUCUGUUCCCUUACCUCCACCAGAGGAUUCCAGUCGCCUGCUUCUCCCUGGGACAGAGGGAGCUCUCUUGUCUCUUCCAGAGUAGCCCAAGUUGGACCAGUGUGAACAAGUCUAUUUUCUGAAGUCAUUCUUGCCCCCCCUGAGACCUUCACCUCAGUCUCAUUCACCUCUUCACCUGCUUUUUUUCUCUUCGUUUAUUCAUUCAUCAAGCAUUUAGCUAAGGCCGAGCGAUGCGCUAAAAUCUGGGAACAAGAUGAGGCCCUGUUGUCAGGGAAGCCCAUGGUCUCUUACUUUGUUUCUGUCAGGGGUCUUGCAGGUCGGUAACCUUGGCAUUCACCUACAGGUACUCUGCAGGAUUUAUGUUUUCAGAGAUACUGUGUGUCAUGCUGAUGUGCAUUCAAUCAUUCACUCAUUCGUUUGCUUAUUCAGCAGAUACGUGGGAUAAGCCAGGCAUAUGUAGCUGCAUAUGAGACAGGCAAUCUCCCGGGGCCCCACUAUUCUCCAUGUAGACGGGGAUGUUUAGACUUUCCUGGAGAGCGAGGAUAUCGCACCCCUUGCACAUGUCACCCGCUGGGAGCCUGUAAUGACAAUUUAAAUGGCCUUGUCGCAUUUACCCACUGGGUGGAAGGUAAGACAGCAAGAGUUUAAUCACCCAGUCACUAAACCCUCACAGCCUGCAUCCGACUCUAAAUAACUCUCCUUGCUUUAUAAAGAGGAAGAGUGAAGCCCAAGGGUGGCCAGUGAGUACUGUGGAAUGAACACCCUGAAUGGGGUGCAGGGCUGGAGUGGAGAGUCCAGGCCUCCUGUUCUUAUUCAUGGCUCCCCUUCUGGGUGAAAUCAAGAUAAAGAUGAAUAUCUAAAAGUGUACUUCAGAUCUGCCCUCCACCCAGGUUGUUGUUUUUUUUCUUUAGAUUUUGGUGUUUGUAAGAGAAUUUGGCUGGAUUUACUCAGAGUGAGGCUAGGUGAUUCUUGAGCACAUGCAAGUGGCUGUUUCUGAAAACAGGUGAGCCCUUUCCACCAGCUGCCUCUACCUGGAAGACAUGGAUGCACUUAAUUUUGUCUGUGAAAACCUGAUUUUUUUGAAAUAUUAGCUGUAAGAUGAAUAGUGUUCAUAGUGGGUUGGUAGCUAUGACAACCUUCAGGGAAAGCCUCUUAUUCCGCUCCAUUUUUUUCAAUUGCUUUUCAUCAGCGUUGCAAAGCACUGGCCAUCUGAGCUGUAGGGACAGCUGUGCUGAGGGUCUGCUGUGGCCACCUUGGGCCUCCUGACUAUGUCCACCCAGUGCCUGUUGGCUGGGGGAGGAUUUCUGCCAGGGGAGGCACUUCUCAUCAGGGCUGGUUAAUGAGUGAAGCCAACAGAAAGAGUGCCUACAUUCAUGAACCAGGGGUUUGUUUCUAUUCCCUUUGUGAAAACCAAUCAAUUAUUAGAUUAGUGGAUGGGUGCAUAAAAUUCUUGGCUGAGCCCAAGUUCCUUCUUGGAAAAGCCAUAAAAUUCAAAGGAUGUCAAAGACCUUGGCUUAUUUAAGUGCUUUUACUUCCAGCUGUGAGUGGCCUUGAGAAGGAGAGUUUAAACAGGAUUCUGCAAACCUGCUGGCUUUAUGUAGGUAUGGAAAGCUCUUCAGGAAUGUUAAGUGGGGCACCUUUCACAGCCUGCUUACUUACACACCAUCCAAUUCCCAUAAUCCUUCCCACCCCUACAAGCUGAUUGCCUCCCCCCCACCCCAGGUUUAUUGAAGUAUUUGACAUAUAGUACUGGGGGUUAUGGACAAACAGUAAAAUUUACCCUUUCAAGUGUAUGGCUCAGUGAAUUUUGAUGAGCAUGUAACCACCAAAGUCAACAUAAUAUUUCCAUCUCUCCAGAACAUUCCCUCAG